AUGACCCUGCCUCUCCGCCGUGCAGGAAUGGCCACCACUGGGAACCUCUCCGAAGAGCAGGUGCACUGCUCCAUCUGUCUCGACGUCUUCACCAACCCCGUGUCCAUCCCCUGCGGACACAACUUCUGCCAGAGCUGCAUCCUGGGAUACUGGAAAACCAGCCCUUUGUACCAGUGUCCCAUGUGUAAGAAGUCUUUCUACAAAAGGCCUGAUAUCAGCAUCAACACCGUCCUGAGGGAGAUUGCAGAGCAGUUCAAGGAGAUCAGGGUUAGAGGUGUGGAAGGGAAAGUGAGCGAGACGGACGAAGACGGCGUGGAAAAGAAGUGGACGAUGGAAAGAAGGAGAAAGGAGGAUGAGGAGAGGCUUCUGGAGGAAGAUCAGAGGCAGCAGCUUCUGCAGGAGCUGAAGCAGAAGCAAGAGGAGGACAGGAGAAAGAAGGAGAAACCAGGAGAGAGAAAGCCACUUCAAGAGGAGCUACCACCGCUGAUCCCUCCUGCGUCAGCAGCCAAAACCUCUCCUCCAGCAUCACCCCAGGCCACAGCUCAGGGGCCGCCGCCGCCUCCGCUGCCCCAGACAUCGCCCCCGCCCUCACCUCAAAUCCCACCUUCUCCAGCUCCUCCAUCCUCACCUUCCUCGCUCCCACCUUGCUGGGAGGAGGUCCUCUGUGAUGUCUGCCUGGGGGAAGGCAGGCCGACGGCGGUCAAAUCCUGCCUCGUGUGUCUGACCUCCUACUGCGAGGAGCACCUGAAGUCUCAUUCCGCCAGGUUCACCAAGCACAAGCUGAUGGAGCCCGUGGCGAACAUGGAGGACAGGAUGUGCCCGAAGCACGAGAGGCUCCUGGAGCUGUUCUGCAAGAAGGACCAGACCUGUGUGUGCGUGCUGUGCACCGAGACGGACCACCGGGCCCACUACACCGUCCCUGUGGAGAGGGAAUGGACAGAGAAGAAGGCGCAGCUGAAGAGGACAGAAAUAGACGUCCAGCAGAUGAUCCAGGACAGAGUGAAGAAGGUGGAGGAGAUCAAGCAAUCAGUGGAACUGAACAAAGCCAGCGCUCAGAGAGAGGUCGAGGAAAGCAUGCAGGUCUUCUCGGAGCUGGUCCGCUCCAUCCAGAGGACUCAGGCCGAGCUGGUUCUGACCAUAGAGGAGAAGCAGAGGCAGACGGAGAGGUGGGCCGAAGGCUUCAUCGCUGAGCUGGACCAGGAAAUCGCUCAGCUGAAGAGGAGGAAAACAGACCUGGAGAACGUGGCUCGGACCGACCACAUUCACUUCUUAAAGAACUUUCCAGCCCUUUGCACUCCUCCUCCUGUCAAAGACUGGUCUGAGACCAGCGUUCCCACUGACACAUGUGUUGGCAUGAUCAGGAGAUCCAUGUCCAAACUGGAGGCAUCGUUAAAUGAAAUGGUUGACAAACUGGCUGAAAGUGAGAUCAAAAAGAUCCUCAAGUAUGGAGUGGACGUCACUCUGGACCCGGACUCAGCCAACCCCUGGCUGCAGCUUUCUCAAGACAGACAUCAGGUGAGGCACCUGGGUGCAUGGCAGGACCUCCCAGACCACCCCGAUCGCUUUGAUACAGUGGUCAUCGUCCUGGGCCGCGAGGGCUUCACCUCAGGGAGACACUACUGGGAAGUCCAGGUGGGGGACAAGGACGACUGGUACCUGGGCGUUGCCAGGUCCUCCGUCAACAGAAAGGGCAGGAUCUCUGUCAGCACCACGCAGGGCUACUGGGCUCUGGCCAUGAAGAAAGGCCAGGGGUACCGGGUGUCAACAUCCCCGCCAAUACUGCUCCCGCUUGACCCCAAGCCCAAGCGGGUGGGGGUGUACGUGGACUACGAGGAGGGGCAGGUGUCCUUUUAUGACGUGAGGGCUCGGACCCAUAUUUACACCUUCAAAGACUCGUUCACAGAGCAGAUCUUGCCCUUUUUCUACCUGUACUGCUGCGACAAGGCCUCUGAUACCAUGGUGAUCUGUCCAGUGAAUGAGAAAAGCCUGAUCAAGCAAAGCUAA